AUGAAAGCUUUAGAUGAGCAAAACCUACCUGAUGUGAAUAACGCAAAGUCAAGUGGACGAGAUGAUUUGAUCACAGCCAUCAAGUUUCGACACUGUUCUUUGCGAAGAAGUCAGCGCUGCGCUGGAGCUGCCUGUGGACUGGUUCAAUGGUUACAAAAUGUCCCUUGCUACCUACAUGAGGUCAUUGGCAGGAGACCAAGGUUUGGACAUCACACAGGAUGUGAAACCUCCAAAAAGCCUGUAUAUAGAAUUGAUGCUGAAUUUGCAUCUGAUACCUUUAGAGUGUCUCCUCGAGGAUCUGCAGAUGGGUCAAAUGUGUAUGAUGACCAAAUUUUGAAAACAAAAGCACAGUAUAAACAGAUUUUGAAGGAAAAAUAUAUGAUUUAG